GCACACAGCACCAAUCGAGAAUCUAUUUAAUAAUGAAGCAAACCAACUCUCCAUCCCUCCAAUUUUUCGCAUCUAGCAAGCUAACCCGCCCACCGCCACCACUAUGUCCCAUCAUGAUGAUGACAGCAGCAGCGACGAUGGUUUCGAUAUUGACGAGGGCUUCUUGUCAAAUCCUGACGAUGAAUCUGGUCCGUUCAACCUAGACGAAGUCCCUUUGGCUGUUGAGUCGGAAGACCCUCUGCAACAACGAGAGGUGUUCGAUAGUAUAUUCCUGGCUCGUGAAGGUCAAGACAAUACUGGUCCUACAUGGGAGCAGGCUCCCAUCUGCAACAUGUCCCUCUCUGCCUUCGAGAGGUUGUUUCGCAGGAAGGACAAAGCUAGUGCUGCAAGCUCCUUGCUGCGCCGCACAAACCUGCGUAUUGAUACCCAGUUCACCUUUGCCUCUGACGACGGCAGGUUGCUGUGGGACGCCUCUAGACAUUUCCUCGACUUUGUUCUGGUGGUCUCGGGUGCCAUAGGCCUGGAUGCUUUCCUUCCCAAUACAAUUUCUGAUCACACGUUCACCGUUACUCUGGACUUCCGCUUACAAACCAAGCAAUUCAGACCCAAGUUUGGGAAGCUAGGUUUCGACCCGACGGGAUCUAUGAUGGCAAUGGGCAAUGGCGGUGCCUGUGAGCUCUGGCUGGGAUUUUGCCCCCUCGUCAACAUCGAGGAUCUCUCUGUGGCUGAUGAAGCUCCUUUGCUCAAUGAAAAGAAGCAUGGCGACACACGGCUGUCCUCCCGCCACUUUCGCAUGGCUGUCAUGUUCAUUGCCUAUGCGUUAGCAAAGAUACCUAAUAUGCACAUUCACCUGAUGCAUACGUAUGGUACCGACGAGGAUUUCUCGUUGUGGAAAAUCAAGGAUGUCACAAACCUUUAUGCUACGCCCACCCUCACCCUUCGUCUCGAUGAUCUCAAGUCGCUUCACCGAAACAUUGUCUCAGAGUGGGAUACAUGGGUUCAAGAGGCACCACUUUCAUGGAAGGUUGAUGGCUGGCUGCAAUCGCAUGUCCCUAUCUCGGUAGCUUGUCGCUAUGGACAGAACCAGCCGAUCGCCAGUUCAAACCCCGACGCCCGUAGUGUUGAAGAGAGGAAUUGGCAAGUCGAGCGGGAAUACUCCAAUAUUCGCUAUCUCUCUAUGGCAAUCGCGACAGAUCUGACCUGUAAACCAGUGCGUAGCUGGGAGGAGAUUUCGAACGAGGAGAUUCUGGAGUCGCACAAUAUUAUAUAUGAUUCUCCGGACCCAACAUUCCGACAACCUGUCAAUCUCGAUGAUCUGCCUCUUCGAGAUCCCCAGACUCAGAGGGAGAACAAUAUUUACGAUGAAGAGGGUCGUCGCAUCCCCCGUUUUCAUGGUAUCUGCAGCAGAAAUACCAAGCCGUGCGGCGUCCUAAUCAAUCUCGAGACUAUUACCGAAUUGUUUUCAACAUUCAUUCCUGAUGACGAUGACAUGGCCCUCGACCCAGAUAUCAUUUUGGACGAUGAUGUUCGUACUCCUACGGUCAACGUGUAUCCUCAAGCAUUCCUGCGAAAGUAUGGUCACAUACAAUGCAACACCAUCUUGCCUCAUUUUUCUCCAUUCAUGUCCAAAAUUCGCAAUUCUGUUUCGCGCUUGAGUCGCAACCAAAAUGAUGAUCCGUUUAAUGGCCAGCCUGCGGAAGAUGAUGCAGACGAGUUCGAUCACUUGCCUAAUGGACCCCUGCCCACUGUACUCUUCGCCAGUGGCUCACAGUUUUACAACGAGAUCUCCCACCGCAUCAGACCGUCCGCUGAUCUUCACGAUGUCCAGCAAGGGCGCAUCACGUCGGCCCUCUCAGGUGCUUACUCUCGCGGUCAUGGCCAGACGACGCACCGCAUUGUGAUGAGGGAAUGCAGCCUCAAUCUCCCUCAUCAACGUUACGACAAUAAAAUUAAAGUCAAUGAUGUUCCUCGGGCUCUGCGUUUGGAGAACGUUUACAUUUUUCAGCUAGACUCCCUGAAGCGCCAUAAGCGCAAUGGAGCCUCCAUAUAUAGAGAGAUGGUGGUACCCUUAGCCAGCUCUUGGUCUCAUCCCACCAUCUUCCAGGCUCUCCGUCCGCAUCUUUUCGUAUUGACUUCAGACGUGCGCUGCUCUUAUUCGUGGGUAUGCACGUAUGCUCACCGCGCUCCUUUCCCUAUAUCAUAUCUUCAGGCAUUUCCCCAGAUAUACCAGUGGACUACCUACCCCAUUACGUCCUUGCUUGAGCGCAUUUGGGAUCAUUUCUACCCUCUCGUUCAGAAAGGUGUCAAACCCGCUCCCCAAGUCAUUGAACUCUGUUCAGUGCUUGAGCGCGCUUUGGCUUAUGCUCACACCGGAAAUACUAGGGUAAUCGCUACGAGUCUCAUGAGGCCUUUGUGGUUGGUCCAGAGUCUCCUUGAACAUGGCCUGCCCACUUUUUCUCCCUCCGUGCGCUUCGCCGCAGCUCCAUCUAUUCCUGUUGCCAUCAGCCCUGCAGAUUGGCCAACUCUCACCAGCAUGAAAGUCCCAGCCAUAGCCUCCAAGCGCUCUCAAAUUUUGACAUAUGGCAAUGACCACUUUGAGGCUUACAAGGCCGAGUUUCACAUACAACUUUCUGUGAAUCAACUCUCUUCCAACGCUUUCCUUGGGUACCCUGGCAACCUCCGCCAUGCUAUUGUCAUCGCAUUGGUUGCUCUCCAGGCGUAUAUUGCCGAUGUCAAGACACUUGUUACCAAAGCUGUCAAUGCCGCCUGCAGUGUCGUGGAGGCAGAGGAUGGCGGUGAUGUGGAACGGCAUGCGGCAGUGCGCCGCAAAGGCCUCCGCAAGUGGCUAGCAACCGCUAAUCCUCUCGGCUACGCUGACAAAGGAUAUGAGCAUUUAGUUUCAUGCGUGCAUUCUAAAUCCAUGGAUCACCACGAAGGACUACCAAAUCCAACCAAAGUGAAGCUCUCUGUUCAUGAUUUUGCCCGGCUUGUCUGCAAUAUGUCGAGAGAGACCAACCCUGCCCCUGUUGCCGCUCCUCUCAUCUCUGGUGGCUGUUCUAUGCCCGUCUUCCGCGUCGCCCUGGCCCAUAUGCGCAAGUAUGCCCCCAAUGAUUCCCCGACGCAUGCCGAAAAGUUCCUGCACGAUGCGUUCAUCGUCGCUGCAAACCAUCUUCAUAUUAACAAUGUUCCAUGGCAUCGUCCAGCGGGAUCUCGAGGCAGACGGUCCCGAAAGCCUGUCUUUGACUCCUGGGUCAAUCUAGGGAAAGCUGUCGAUUUGCAGGCUAUCAAGCGCAACCAUACCCAGGCGGACAAUGCAGCAGCCGAAGCAUCCCAGCGAGCCCAGGCCGCGGAUUCCAGGGCUGCAUGGUCAGCUGACUCCAUCACCCUGCAGUCGCUUCCGGAUUAUGUCCUGCGAUCCCGUCUUCCCGAUGAAUUUUCACUUGACAACAUCGACCUUGCGGACGGCGCAUCCUCGGACGACAAAGAACCUACCGUGCGCGAAAUUUAUGAAUGGGUAUUUGCCAACUUCGACAUAAAAAAACCGCUCCAUCAAAUUGCUCUCAUUGCCGGCAUUUACAUAAGCAGGAUCAUCCCUGAUAUCUUCUGGGCCAUCUCUGACAAGCCAAAAGCACAUACCGUCACCGGCCACGUCGCUCUCACAAAUGCCAUUCGCGCCCUCCCAUGGAAGCCCAAUGCUAGCGGCCGCAAAGGCUGCAAAUUACCGCAACAGUUCAUUGCAAUGGUCCCUUCCUACAUCCUAGCAGUCUACGACGAGACAAGCCCCUUGCGCAAGUAUAGUGAUGCGCGCACUCUCAAGAAUUUCCCCAAGUCCUGGAAUUCGAAGAAUAGUGCAAAGGGGAUUGGUCCCCUCCUUCUAGUGCGCUUGGGGCUUUUGAGAGCAAUGAGUGGCAGAGUCUGGAAGGGCGGUCCGCCCUUUCAGGAUUGGAAGUUGCUCUCAGCAGAGGCCGUAGCUGCCAAACAUCGGGAGAUCAUGGCGUGUCUAGCUGAUCGCCAGUAUGGACCAUUCCGAUUGGCUGUCAUGUUCUUCGGCGUUGACAAAGCUGUGAGUCUCGGACGCACAUCUCAGACGUACACCAUAAAUCCCGCAAUCGCAUCCAUCAAGGCCAACAAACGCGUGUUGAAGGAUGAUUCUGACAGUGAUGAAGUGGAGAUCAUCGAAGUCCCGAUGGCCAAACGCGCCCGCUUCACAUGACUAUCGCAGUCAUGCGCAUGCAGCCAUUGGCCGAUAUCUGCGUAGUCCGCUGUGAUAUAUCGUUUAUCGUUUUGCCCAUAGUAGAACCGGUGUAUGGAAAGAUAUGUCGUGGUUAACCACAAGAAAUGCUGAAAAUGUACU